GUAUCUCGCGCCUCCGAGAUCGGAUUUGCCACAGGCUCUGAUCCCGUGGGGAUUUGACAGGAUUGUGCCGGGAAUUUCGUUGUGGGGUCCAAACGAAGACCAUGAGCAAAUCUAAAGACGCCGCUCCAACUCUCAUUUUGAAGUAUUUGAAUGAUCAGAACCGCCCGUAUAGUGCACAGGAUGUUUUUGGGAACCUCCAGCGGGAACACAACUUGGGGAAAACGGCUGUGGUGAAAGCACUAGAAAAUCUUACUCAACAGAGAAAAAUAAAGGAGAAGGUUUAUGGAAAGCAGAAAAUCUACUUUGCUGAUCAAGAUCAGUUUCCUGCAGUCAGUGAAGUGGAGCUGAAGAGCUUGGAUAGUGAAAUCUCUGAGGUCAGCAAGAAGGUGGAGACCGCCCAACAGAACUCUCGGCAAAUGGAAACAGAACUUAAAGAACUGAACAGUUCAAUGACAACACAAGAGCUAACAGCAGAAAUUAAAGCCUUAAAUAAGGAGUGUGUGGUAUACCAGGAGAGACUGAGGAAAAUCCAGUCCUCAUCUAGCCUUGUGACACCUGAAGAGAAAGAGAAGGUAUUUGAUGAACGAAAGCAAUAUGUGAAAGAAUGGCGGAAAAGAAAGAGGCUGGCCACAGAUUUAAUUGAUGCAAUUCUGGAAGGAUAUCCCAAGAGUAAGAAGCAAUUCUUUGAGGAGGUUGGCAUAGAAACCGAUGAAGAUUCUAAAGUUACCGUUCCAGAUGCGUGAAACCUGGAGGAAAUGAGCCCGAUUUUGCGAUUACUGAGGUUACAUCCGUUUCGCUGACAAACGAAUGGGGUCGGAGCCAAAUGCAACUUUCCUGUUAUUGAACGGAUCCAUUAGUCAAGCUGAGGUUCACCAGCGAGUGUGGUGAAAAUCUACAAACUUAUUUUUCUUGAGUGGACGGGUCAGUGAUCGAUUACAAUUCGAAAAAAUCCCAAACGACAGGAGUUGUUUUUUUUUGCCCUGCGUUUGAAAGAAACUCAUCUUAAAGCAAAAGGAAUUCAUUCCCCAUAAAUAAAAAUCGAAUAUU